GCCGAAAGGGAUUCUGAACACACAAGCACGCAUGUCGACUCCACUCUGGUCAAAACUUGUUGGAGUGACAGAAGUGGUUAUUGCUGGCAACAGUAAUAAAACUUUAAGGCUUUGUGGUGAUGGAUUAAAAGUUAAACUCGUUUCUGGAUCAGUAAACAACAAAAGUAGUGGAAGAGAUUUCCAUUCCUUUAGCUCCACCAACUCUUCGUCUGGUCACAAUUUUCUUAAUCAUUCAUCAAGGACGAGUUGGAGUAGUAGUAUCUCUAGGAGAGAGCUAUCACUCUUGGUUAGUCACACUUCUGCUACUGCUGCUGGUAGUGUAAAUAAUUUAACGCUUAAUCCCACUUGGAUCUGGAGACUUUUCUCUGCAAAAAUGGCACCUUUAAGUCCUAAACUGACAGAGGAAGAAAGAAAGGAGAAACUCGGACUGUUGUUGUCCUCGGGUUGGAGUAUGGUUGAAGGGAGGGAUGCCAUUUAUAAAGAAUUCCUCUUUAAGAAUUUCAAUGAGGCAUGGGGAUUCAUGAGUCGAUCUGCACUUCAAGCAGAGAAAAUGGACCAUCAUCCUGAAUGGUUUAACGUCUACAAUAAAGUGCAGGUCACCUUAUCCAGUCACGAUGUCAAUGGGCUGAGUGAUCGGGACGUGAAACUAGCAAAGUUUAUGGAGAAAGCUGCCGGGUUUAUGAAAUCAGGGUGAAUGAUCUUUAAAGGGUUUAGUGAUGGCAGAACCAAGGGACCACUGACUAUAAUAUUAUUCUCAGUUUAGAUGUAGUCUAAAUUACUAUAAUAAUAUACGCCCACAAUGAUAAUUAAAAUUGUUACGCUGUAUUUAAGAAAAAGUUCUCUCUAGAAAUAAAAAAAAACAAGUGAAUAAGAAUA